AUGCAACCAAUUCAAGUGGAACAACUGGGCUCAUUCUGUGGUUCAGUUUCACGAUGCGAUUCCGCACAGCGUCUUAUUUUCAACAAUUCAGCUAGUGUAGCCUGUCUGUUUGAUUCACACCGUGUGCAAUGCUAUCGUGAAUCAGAUGGGUGGUCCAAGAUAUUUUCUUGGUCUGUUACCGGUGACUUUCCAGCUGCAGUUGAACAACAACAUAAGGAAGCGGCCACAAAAGGUGAAGGUUCUGUCGAUUCAUGGCUGAUAGAAUCGGUGAAAUUCGGCCCCAUUUCAUCCUUGUCACAAUCCACUCAUCGAACCGCAUCCCAGGAGUCUCUGUUGGUCAUUUUGACCAACCGAGCACAGAAUUGUACCUAUCUUUGCUACUUUCCCUCGGUGGAUAAUAAAACCUAUCAUACAGGUAUUUGUUUGCAUGGCCUAGCCAGUGCUUCCGAAUGGAUCCCAUGGCGUGCAAUGGAAGACCACAUACCCGCAUCUCCAACACCGUCGGAAGCAUCCACAAUGCUAUUAGAUGCAACAGAUAUGCACACAACCUGUGACAUAACGAAGAAAGUGAAACACAUCCCUACCGGCUCUUCAUCUGGAUGUUGUAGUUUGCUGGCCAUUGGAUUUCGUCAAGGAAUCGUGGGUAUUGUCACACCGUUUGCACUCGGGCAUUCGGAUUCAUCCUUUACUGAGGGAUUUCACCAACCAAUUUGGGCAUUGGCUGUGGAGAAGUCCCAGUUCCUCCGUCUGGUUUCCCGUGGACAGUCCGAUGAAAACGAAGCGACAAUGCCAGAAGAAACUGCCUUGGUGUAUUUGGAUGCCUCUGCGGUUCGGUGGAAUGAGUUUCAGUACAAAUCCGUCAAUGGUCGAGUCUUGACCAAUUUACCUGCGCAUACUGUCUAUGUGUCCACGCUUCACUUCAUUCCGAAUACACAAACCCUGGUCGUUGGCUACAGUUUUGGUGGAUGGCAGUUAUGGUCCAUGCGCACACUGACGCUCGAAUUCUCUCUCCGUCACACCGCAAUCUGUGCUCCCGUUGUACAAGUCGCUUUCCAAGAACCUUCCGAUGAUCCACGUUAUUGUUGCUACAUUUGGAUUGGAUGGCAGUGUGUGGAUCUGGAGGAUGGAGAACAAAUCAACUCUCAAGUGAAGCUCUACCAGCUGCAUUACAAGCAAAGAUACGAAGAAUCUGGCCCGAUUUCCGGAGAAGUGACCUAUAACUAUCAGAAUUUGGUUGGUCUGUCGGAACGCCUAUGUUCGGAACUGUUCUCCGAGCGUUUUGAACGAAAACGUUUGACAAAACAACUGCUCCGUAUCCAGCCAAUACGCACCGCGGCCAGUUCUUCCGUGGCCGCUGCGAACCAAUCAGAUGCGGCGCAUCUGGUCGCAUUGAUGUGGCUCGUCUGUCCCGGAGUGGUGCGUGUCGGUCUUUUCGAUCUGGAUCGCUGGUACCACGCACAAAUGCCCACACAGAUCAGAUCGGACAAUUCAUUCUUUGCCAUCUUCGAUCAUGGACAUUUAUUGGAGCAGAGCAUGGAAUCGUUUUGGAGUCGCAUUGCUGCCCGUGAACGACAAUUGGAUGCUUUGGGCGAAUCCCAAACGGUUCUCGAUCCCACUGGAAGUUCUUGUCGACCAAUCCAUUCUGCAUCAGUCACUGUCGCACGUCGCCAAGCACCUCGUCCCGUCCCGGAAGUUUGCCUUCGUCCGUCGGCUAUCUCGUUCUCGGUCUUAAUGGCUUGGUUUACUCCGGAAACUGGUUCUUAUUCCGGCGGAUUCCUUCGUGCUCAAUUUGCCUCACGUCAGGAAGCUUGCCUGAUGUCACUUCAUUCAACCGGAUCGUCCAAUGAAAAACACUUCUCCCCAACCGACUGGUUGGCCGAGGCUUGGGCUUCCGGGCUGUUGGAAUCUCCUGGAUUGGACAUAAUUGAAGAAGAAGAUUUGGAUAGGCUAUUACAACUAGCCCACGAGCUGAGUGAUGAUCAUUCAUCUGCUCGCUCCUCCGAUGCCGAGUUGAUUGGUUUCCGCCUGACCUAUGGGGAAGGAUUUGAUGUGAAUCUGGUGCAAAACUUGAAUGAAGCGUCUGAUGAGUUGACGGAUUCAUUCGGUCCACCGGGCAAACGACCACGUGUGACCGGAGCCACUACGUCGUUGGCCACACGGGAGGAGUCCCCGAUGGGUCAGAAAACUGUACUGAGUCCAUCUUGGGUGUUGCUAAUCAACUGUCUGUUGGAACACGGUCAUCUAGCCCCAUUAAAAUCGAUUGAAAAAUUAGCCAACGGUCAUGGUCCUACCUCACCGGAGAACACACGUUUCCUCAAAUACUGGUUUUGGCUCCGUUUUCAAAGACUUAAGACAAUGUUUGAUCAGCUGACCGAGCCACUGUUUAGUCCCAACCCCGAUGGUGUUGAUUCUACCGGAUCGCGCAGUCUGCUCAAUCUGGUCAAAGAUUCCCUUGGUCUUGGUGCAACUGCCUAUCAGAUUCAACAAUUGGCUGUCAUCGGUAGAUACUGGUUUGAGAAAAGUGCAUCUGGACGCAGUCUGGACCGUACAAAUAUCUCGCAACAUGACAUGCUAAUAGUUGUCGCGGUAGAGACCUAUGCUCAAUAUACUCGUCUGGUCCUAUUCCUUUGUCGCCUCGGAUUGCUGCCUCAAGAAUGCGUCUCGUCCACUGAUUCUCCUUCCUUCCAGGACGACGAUGACAUAGUCGAUCAGAGCAUAACGAGGGACACCCUCCUGAUGCCAUACUCAUCAUCACAUUUGGUGCGCGUGAUCGGGGAUUUACGUGAACGUGCGGGCCUGAAUGGAGCAAUCGCGGCGCCGCUGAGUGAAGCGCUACUGCACGCUUGCUUAGGUUGGUCAUCCGUUCAGGCUGAUGUUGAUUCGGAACCUCUGCGCGUAUGGCGGGAACAGGAACUAGUCGAGUCGAGGACUGGCUCACGGGCUCCGUGUUAUCCACCCAGGCGACUGCAGUCAUUAUGUGCAUUGUGGCAGUUGGGUGUACAAGAAUCCAGCUGGGUGCGCCUACGUCUUGCUCUACUUGGCUUUAUCUUAUGCGAUGCAACAGCUGCAAGCGCAGCUUCAAGUCGACUGGUGUUAGACUCAGCGGAAGCAACCAAUCCGAACAUGAUUGCAGUACAGCUGGAAGCACAAUCAACGCAACUGAAAGCCUACGUAGUUGGCACUCAGAGCAACCCAUGGAGCAACCUGCGUCUGGUCAGCCUCUUCCCGAAUCAGUUCACUGUCCUUCAGGAUUAUCUCUGUCAGAGUAAACAAUCUGACUUAUACAUCAAGUUCGCUCCGAUUCCACGGGAUCCACAAUCCAAUCGUCAUCCGCUCCGAGAUGAACGACAACAAGAGCUAAACGAUCUACGUCCCGUGGGCGCGCCUUUUCUCAAACUGACUCAAUUUCGUCGUGCUGCUCAGAAAUUCUACACACUAAAAGAAUCACUCGCGACUGAUGAGACUGUGCUGGAGAAAACCGAGAACUCGUUACGGGAAUUGUUUAUCCAGUUCUCGGAAUCUUGUAGACGAGUUGGACGUCUUGGGGACCUGAUCAAUCUUGGCCUCACCGUUUGGGAAGCUCAAAGUUUGGUAGAUCAUUAUCUCGCAACCGGCCAGUACGAUGUUCUGUUCUAUUGUCUGGUCGCUCGAAAACAGUACAAGAGCGCACUGCGCAUCUAUAACCAGUUUCUGCGCAUACGAAAUACUUCCACGACACUUCGAAGUCAAGCUGGUCGAUCGGGCGCACGGGGCGAUGCUACACUGUCUCUUGUUUCCAAAUUGCUGGCCAAUUCUAUUCCGGAGUUUCACGAGGAUCCGAAAGAUCAUUUGUCAGAGCCAUCCGAUCGACAGCCGUUAGUAGAUGCUUUAGCUCAUCCGUUUGUGACCUUGGAGACUGCCUCAGAGAUGGACCACCAAUCCCCCGAGGUUUUAGCUUACCGUCGUUGUUCUACAGUCACUUGUCCAUUGACCGCGAUUAAACGGAAACCAUCCAUGAUUCGUCGGACGGGCCGCACUCAAGAUUCCGCAUUCGCCACAGACGACACUAUUUCGCACGACGGUGAAACAGAGGACGAGCUCCGGUCAUUCAACAGCUCGCCUGUACGCCGUGCUAAUCGUCUAUCGGAACUUAACCAAAGCUUGCAUUUACUCGAUACAGCAAAAAAGCGUUCCUCGGAAUUUUGGGAUACUUUUAGAGAACUAAUUUACACGCCUCCAACAAGUAGGCAUCGAAAAAAAGCGGAAUCCACCGGACCAGUGUCACCACAGAGGCCUGUGCUGUCGGCCAGACGCUCCUACUACACAACUCACGCGGACAGUCAUACGCCAAUUUCCAUACUGAAAUCCAAUCUGCGAACUACCUUGUCUGGAACACCCUCGUCAGAUAUAGCCGAAUGCACUCUGAAUGAAACCCUCACGUGUGAUGACGAUGUCAAAUUGAAUCUCUCCACCGUUCGUCCAAGUCUUCUACCUGCGUCCAUUUUGGACGCUACUCCAAUCAUCCCCGGAAACGAGUUUACAUUUUCCGCUCCACGACGAGUUUCUGCACGUCCUAAACUCGAUGAAAUGCGCCCGUCUACGCUGAACGACCGCCCAUCUUUUGAGUUCGCGACCCCGUUGAAUCCGCACGUGGAACUGACUCAGCUCUCGGGUUUGUCCGCGGAAACAUCCGAGCCGAAUCUGGACGACAACACCAAGACACCCGAAUCGCAUUUGAAAGAGGUCACCAACACGGCCUACCUCCCGUGA